AUGGGGGAGACGAAGGCAAAUGUUCCCCCACCCCCAAUUUUCCCCACAACCCCAAUCUUCUAUGAUGACUUGAGUGGGAUUGAUCUAAUCCUAAUAUCAAUUGUUCUCUGGGGGUGGGGAGCUCUCCAACCCACCUUGGGUGACGACCCAUGUCGAAACUGGCUGGAUCAAGAGCGGCUGAAAAAGGAAGUCUUAUAUGGACCGCAACCUAACCGAGGCACACGUCUCAAACGCUCUUACUUCAGGUUCCCUCAUCAAAAUACAAUGAUACCACAAGCUCAUUUUUCAAUUCACGCUCUGCAGGCAGGGUAUCUCACUCUCCCCGAAGCAUUCUUCGUGACACCCCUUGAAGACAACACGUCCCGAACCACAGUGCCAUCGCUAUCGUUCCUGAUCCAGCAUACGCACCCCGUUAGUCUCAAGACAACCCGCAUCGUGUUUGACUUGGGUAUUCGACCAAAUCUGUCCGACUAUGCAAAGCCUCUUUAUGACCACGCCAUGACCCGCCGCCCACUGUCUGGCGAGCCAGGCACGGUCGCAUCACUAGCACAUGGGGGACUGACCCCAUCAGAUAUAGACUUUGUCAUCUUCAGUCACCUGCAUUGGGAUCACAUCGGAGCUCCAUCAGACUACCCAAAUUCCACAUAUGUGGUCGGUCCUGGUGCAGCCAGCCUGGUCAACGGGACCCGAGAACUCAGCAACGGCAGCCAUAGUCAUUUUGAGAAAGGCAUACUCGAUCUCUCGCGGACUAUUGAGCUACCUAGUCCGGAGCUUCCCAGUACACCACCCCCUUUUAAAGAUAAUGCAAAGCUGGAGCCCGAGAGCCGAAAGCGCAGCAGUCUCUUCUCCAAUGUCUGGCGCUCAAAGGGGCUUUUCCAACACAGCAUGGACGUUUUUGGCGAUGGAAGUUUAUACAUUAUCUCUGCCCCGGGUCAUCUUGACGGGCAUAUCAACCUUCUCUGUCGCAAGUCUGAGGAUCAAUACGUCUAUCUUGCUGGUGAUGCUUGUCAUGACCCGAGGUUGCUGACUGGAGAGAAGAACAUUGCAACUUGGAUCGACCCGGCUUAUCCAACAAGUAUUUGCUGUAUUCAUGUCAACAAGGCAGCGGCUGAAAGAACAAUCGCGACUAUCCGAGAAACUAUGGAAAAUCCCGGUGAGCUCGGCAAUGUCGAAGUUAUUUUUGCUCAUGACGCUGCCUGGGAUAGAGAGGCCAAGAAGCUGGGAAAAUUCUUCCCAGGUUGCCUGUGA